GCAUUCCCUCAAUUUUCUUUUAACAGGAAAUUCUUACGUACGCAAAUUUGACCUAAUCGAGCGUCUUGGACAGGCAAAGAUGUGGAUGAAAGCUCUUUUAGUCUGUUCUAUCUUUUUAAUUGCUUCAGGUGGAGUGAUUAAAGAGGACCCAACAACCCCUCUAGUCUCAUCUGCUCCACAAGCUACUGAAGUCCCAGAUCCAGUGUCUAAUAAUGCUGACAAGGAAUAUAAUACCACAAAUACUAACGACGUGGAUGACAAUGUAGAAAAAGAAGACACCGUGUCUCCAACUGAUAUUUCAGAAAAUGCUUCUGAUAGUCAUUCCUCAGAAACAGAUGAAGAAACUACAGAUGGUGAAAUCAAAUCUGGCGAAAAUGAACACUCUGAACAAACUACUUUAAUUGAAACGCCAGAAAAAGAAGAACAACAAUCUACCCCUCUUCCUUCUACCGGUGAUGAUACCGCAAGUUCAUCAACAAAUUUAGUUACGAUCUCAGGUCAAACAACAACUGAUUCUCCCAUUAGAAAUAACGGCUCAAUUGGUACUGGCGGCUCGUCGAUACUUCCAGGCUGGUUCGAACCAAAGGAAAAGAAGCAAAUUAUUCUCAUCAAGGAAAAUGAAAGAGAUGACGACAUUCUGCCCAAGCAGAUUAAAUCAUCAUUUGCUGUUUCUAAAGAUGAGAGCAUUAAGUUGAACUUGAAAAGAGUUGAAAAUAUAAAAGCUUUCCCAACAAUACUCGAUGAAGACGAAGCAAAAAAAAUUUUAAACAAUUUGUUUCCAUCUUCUAUAAAGGGAGAUGGAAAGCCUGUUUUUAAUCUUGGAGUCUAUCAAGAUAAGGAUAACCAUGCAGCUAUGAUUGUUUCAGGAGCAAAAAGAGGCUCUGUCACUCUUAGAUCUAUGGAAGGAAAGUUUGUCAUGAAAGAAAAGAAGUAUAAACUCACAAAAAUUGAAAAGAAAGACUUUAGCAACGAACUAAAUGGCUUUCCUGAAAAUAAUGAUCCAGUAAAAGAUGGAGUUCCACACGUCAUCCAACCUAUUGGAGAGGAUGAAGAAAAACCUACAAAUGAUAAUGAACCUAUCCCAGGUGGUGGUAGUAUUGUAUUUGGUGCAGGCGAAGGUGGAUUGGCUAUUGAUUCUGAAGAACAUUCUCCUCCAGCAGCUUCAGAUGAUUCAACCUUUGCUUCUCCUACCCAAACACAAACAACUUGCAAAGAUAUCCACAUAGAGGUUAUGGCUGUUGUUCCUAAAGAUGUGUACCAAUUUUUCUACACUCGAGAAAGAGAAGCGGGCAGACCUCACGAUUUUGAAAUUAUUAAAAGACUUCUUCAACUUCAUUACGCAGAAAUUUUUAACGAUGCAGAUGUUGUUUACAAGAGUAUUGACGCCAGACGAUGGGGAAUUUGUGUCACUUUGUGGCUAUCCAAUUUAAAGUUUUUAGUGGAAAAUUCUCAAGAUGCCGCUCUCUACAGAGGUUCUUACCUUGCUAGAGGAACUAGUUACGAAACUGAUGUUGUAGAUUCAGAUACAAUUCUUGAUAAUCUUGGAGAAUGGAAAGUACGUCAAAGCUAUGGCUGGUAUAAGAUGGACGUUAUUGUAUUAUUUACAAAACGAAAUUUGGCUAGAAAAGAUCAAUCUGCUGCAGGAUACUCAGACGUCAUAAUAGGAACGGCCAGAUGGAAUGGUGUUUGCAAAUUUGGAAAAGAGGGAGGUUUAGCUGUCAUUGAAGAUAUAGGAAGCGCCUCCUGGUGGCCACUUGCACAUGAAGUUGCUCAUGUCAUAGGAGCUGUUCAUGAUGGAUCGGAUUCUGCUGUGUCAUGCGCAAAUGAUCAAAUGAACAUCAUGGCUCCCGUUCUGAGAACCAGAACACCAAGUCAAUAUGAAAAAGCCUAUAAAUUUUCGGAUUGUUCAAUUAGAGAUAUUAAGAGAUUAGUAACUGGAGAAGCAGAUAAAUAUAAAAGAACUUGUUUAGCAAAUAAAAACUGUGUUUCGUUUAAUAAACAAGAAGUCGGAACACUGGAUCCAAGCCUUGGAGACAAUUUCAGAACUAAAGAAUAUGAUCUCUCCAUAACAGAGCAAUGCAAAGCAAGAUUUACCUUAUCUCAUGGAGCCUGCCCUGAAAGUCAGAGACCAUGGGCAGUAGACAUCUGUAGUCACCUUUACUGUUCAGUACCGACUGAUGACCCUAAAGUAAGCAAAUGUGUUGUGCAUAAACUUGGAGCUGCUGAUAGGACACCAUGCGGUACUCUCGGUAACAGAUGGUGCUACAAAGGAGUUUGCAUAGAUAAAAGUGAAACACCUUCCGCUGAGGAAAUAGGAGUUUGUAAAUCGUUGCAAUUACCUCUAGGAGAAGAAUGCACUACUAGCGAUGUCGGCAAUGAUUGUUCAGGAUCUGUUAUAAAAACCCCCUAUCGCUGUCAGACUUCAAUUUUUAAGCCACUUUGUUGUAAUAGUUGUAGAAGAUAUAAUCUGUUAGGGGAUUUUUACGAUGUAAAGCUUACGCAAGAAACAACAAAAUGUAAAGAUACAGAUACAAAUUGCCCAAAUCUUGUUAAGAAGUAUACCUGCGAUUUGAUAAAGGAUCUUUGUCCUGUUACCUGUAACGCUUGUCCUACCUCUACUAUUAGCCCUACAGCUAACCCUUUUUCUACUCCCGUUCCCACUACUGUCGGACCGAAAUAUACCCAUCGACCUGGCCCAUGCAAUCCCAACCCAUGCCAAAACAACGCUGAAUGUUUGGAAUCUGUUGGAGGUGGAUACUUUUGCGAUUGCCCUCGAGGAUAUGACGGAUACGAUUGUCAAAUUUGUAAGAGUACUUUUCGCUAAAUUUAAUUCAUUCAUUCUUUUCGAACGAUUAUAAAAAUAUUUUUAAAUUAAACAUUAUAUGCAGUGUAUUGUUAUUACAACUAUUUCUUUAAUAUUACGCUUAAGAGCAUUUUCACUAAAAAAGAAAGAAUUUUGAAUAACAGAUAAAUAACUAUUUGUUUAUUCACCUUUCAGCGAUGUUUGAAAAUGGAUGUAGAGAUGACUCUGUAUUAUGUAAAAGAGAGCAAAGAAGUUACCUGUGUGAAGAUAAAGUAAGAAGACUUCAGUGCCGUUUAACUUGCAGCUUAUGCUCCCUCGAUUCCCAAAUUGGACCAGUUUGUGCUGAUGCACCUACCAUUGCUGGACUCGAUUGUAAUAAAAUAGUAUCCGAUAAUUGCGAUUCCUGUACGGCUGGAACCUUCUAUAGAAGCCAAUGUUGUAAAUCCUGUCAAGAUUUGACAGGAACUAUGUAUUUUGGAGCAAAUAGUUGCAUUGAUCCAUAAAUUUUGAGAUAGACCAAAGUAAAUUACCCGGAACGCGAUUUCUUUUUUAUUCUUAUCAUUGAUUAUAUAUGAAUCUACUAGACAAAAAAUAGAAAUACUAUAUCCGUGCCAUAUAUAAAUAUAAAUGAUGAAAAAAGACAUAAAAAUAUUGUAUAUAUAUAUAUGAAUAUGUAUAUUUAUAUACAAUUUAUACAAUAUACUGCGUACAUAUGUAACGUAUGUAAAAUGUUUUGUUGUCUUUUUGAGAGAUAUGUAAAUAUCUUUCAAUUAACCAAAGAUUGGGCUCAUUAAAAGCUAUAUUUGUGAUAAUAUAUUUUUGUACAGAGGUCAAAGUAACUGAUAUAAAGUACUAAUAAUUUCAUUUGUUGCAAUUUUUUUUAAUAGUUAAAAUCGUGGAAAGAAGUUUGUUAAAAUUACUUCAAUAGUUAAAUAUAUAAACAUUUAUAAUGCUUUGACCAUGAUUUUGAAACAGUUUUCAAUGAUUUAUUUUGGUUUUUUUUCUUAUAUUUAUAUAUGAUAUGCAUUUAGAUUCAUUUAUACAGAAAGAGAAAGAAUUUACUUUUUCAAUAAACGUACAAUAGUUAUUAAACUUAACAAUUGUCGAUUUCUAUUUAUUUACAAAUCUAGCGUGUAUUGCAUAUAUUAUCUUUAUAUAAAAUAUCAUUUACUUGUAUAUUUACAACUACAGUACUAUUUGAUAUCAUUAAAUCGUUCAUCUUGUUAAACAAGAGAGUGUGGGGUAAUUUUAAAAGUCCUUUGACAGUUCACUGACUCGUCCCUAUUAUCAAUUCCUAAGAUUGAAUCAUAAUAUAUAGCGUUGUUCAGUUAUAGUCUGUUACAGUAGUAUAAAAAUAGCUUUUUUAAUAUUUUUACUAUUAUUAUUGUAUUACCACGAGUAUCCUUUAAAAUAAAUAUGAACGAAUAAUAAUUUUUUCCCCUUGUGCUGCCAUCUGUAUGGAGUUACUGCCAUGAUGGAUUGAUGAUUUUUUAUUGAUCGAAAUUUUUAAGUUAAAAGGCCUAAAAAGAAAAUCGUGUUCACCUUAAUUUCAGUAUUGAAAGAAUAAUGAAAAAAUUAUAAUUUACAACAGGAAUGAGAUAUAGAUAGAGAUAGAUAGAUAGAUAGAUAGAUAGACAGCAGACAGGCAGAGGCAGAAAACAAUGUUUCAAAGCUGGUAAAUUGAAUUCGACGGAUUCAAAAGCUUUUCUAAGCUAGAUAGAAAAUUGUUUACAUUUGAUAGUAAUUAAUUUCGAUAGGCUGUAUAGAACCUUGACUUUUUGAGAGUAAAUAUUAAUAAAUGAAAAAAUAUCACAUACAGAUUUCCAUAUUCUUUCUGUAGUUUACAGUAUGUACGAUAUAAACAAUAUACAGAAUAUAUAUAUAUAUAUAUGAAAAAAUCUGCGUCGCGAAUAAAGAGAGAAUUAUUUCACGUCGGAAGGACUUUAGUAUUGUUUGCUUUGGAUGACUUUUCCCAUCAAAAGAGGUCCGAAAAGUCUAAUAUAAAUGCAACUCUUAUUUACAAAACCAAUACGUUGUAUUUCUAUACUUUAUAACAGAAAUCUAAUGCACCGACAUUGAGACUCCAAAACAUACCUCAUUUUAAACCGAAGUAAAAGGCAGUUCUUUUAAACUUAUGUACUUUAUAAAUAGUAUUUCUUUUAAUCCUGUUCAUACUAGAUGAUAAAUAACCAGAUUUAUUAAACAUUUAUAUUUCUCA